CGCAGGUUUAGAGAUUUUAUAAACAGGGAUUAAUUAUGUUGAGACAAAGCCGUCUAUGCUCUGCAAUGAGUCCAGCAAGAGCGCUGAUUCACAAAGAAGACUGGACCUCAAAUAGUCGGUUGCAAAUGAUCGUUGACGGACAACAAGCUCAAGAGAAAAUGACGAAGGCUGUGGGACGUGAACCCUGGUUUAUGACUAACAAUACCUACAAGUUGCCUGACGAAGGUCUUUACGUCGUCCCGAUUACAGAUAGAUUGGAUCUCGAGACAGAAGAGGAAUAAGGUUUGGAGAUAACCCAUCUAGUUUUGGGGAUGGGCUCAGGAGCUAAUGACAAUGUUUACAGAAGAGUCGAGCCUGACGUUGAGGGACCUGGAUGGGUCAAGAAAGAUGUCACUAGUGAACCAAGUGGAAUGUUUUGUUCUGCUAAUAAAAAUAGGGUAUAUAAGGCCGUGAUGAUAUCAAUACAAUCCUCAGUUUGCAGGGUUGCUAAUUUUUGGCAGAUCAGGCGAUAGGUGGACAACUUGUGGUACAUGGUUAUGUUACAUCUGAUGGAUGGUUUGCUCCCCUAAGCUCUACGGAUCAAGUUCUGGUGGUGCGCCCAAGGCAGUUGCGAUAUUCAAAAUGGUAUUAGAGUGGGACUGUUAGGAUUAGGACAGUCUGUUUUGGUCAAUGCUUGUACUGACAGUGUAAGGAGAGUAAUUGACAGUGCCGACUGUUCGGGAGAUAGUGGUGUAGCAGCAGCUCAGUACGGUAAUGUUCAAGUCUGUGUUGGAGGUAGUUCAGGAGGAUGUUGACAAUAUGUGGGUGUAGACACCUUCGUGGACUACUGGGCAGCACAAACUUUGAACUUGUAGAAUUUGAGUUGGACUUUAUUAGUCAGCCAGAAAAUAUGAUAAUCAAACCUGAAAAGACAGUGCUAGGGAUACACACUUGUAUCG